AUGAUUAAAUCGGUUCUCCAAGCUAUCCCGGAUUAUAUGAUGAGUAUCGAUAUUCUUCCUGAAACGGUGAUUAGUGACAUUGAGAAGAUGUUGAAUGCUUUCUGGUGGUGCGGGGGCUCUAAUCAGAAUGGUAUUCGGUGGAUGGCUUGGGAUAAGUUAGCUUGCUCCAAGAAAGAGGGGGGCCUUGGAUUCAGAGAUUUUAGAGCUUUUAAUAUGGCUAUGGUGGCAAAAAAAGGUUGGUUUCUCAUGAAUAACACGCAAGCGUUGGUGUCCAGGUUCUUUAAAGCAAGGUAUUUCCCUAAAACUACCUUCCUUGAUGCUAAUCUCGGCUAUAAUCCUAGUUUUGUUUGGAGAAGUAUUUGGAAAGCUAGAGAAGUGCUAACUUUUGGGUGUAGGUGGAGUAUAGGUGAUGGUAGCCAAAUAAAAGUUAUGAAUGAACCUUGGAUUCAAGGAAAAACAGAGGGUUGUAUGCAUGGACCGCAACAACAAGGUAUCUAUGAUUUAGUUGUUAAGAACUUGAUGCUUCCUAACGUUAAACAGUGGAAUAUGGGAGUGAUUCGCGAUUUGUUUGAUUGUGUAGGAGUAGAGGAAAUUAUUUGUGUCCCGCUUGUGGAGGAUGUUAUUGCAGAUAGACUGGUGUGGAAGGAAGAAAAAGAUGGUCAGUAUAGUGUCCGGUCAGGGUAUCGAGUUUGGAAGAGUAGAAAGAAGUGUUAUAUCCAGGAGAAUCAGGAGGUUAAUUACCAUGGUUUAUGGUCUAUCCUUGCACCACCCCGAGUGAAGCGUGGCAGAUUUGUACUGGAUGUUUGCCUUCCCGGGUUCGGCUGA